GUUGAGUUAAGGGUUGAAUUGUCCAUCUUUGUUCUAUUCUCUGUCACUAUUUUUCUAACAAUAUGCAUUUACAGUAGAUGGCAGUAUUGUCCUGUUUAAGAGUGUCACAACAUUGCUGUUUACGGCAGACGAACUGCUUUACGGUUGAUGAAAACGAGACCGCUGUUGUGUGUUGUUACCGCGCUGGGAGGACGUUAAUGAAACUGCUUAACAUGGACCAUAGAAAAUGUUGUGUCUUGCCACGUUAAAUGUUGCUUAAAGGUCAAACAAAAAUCUAAUUGUCCAAUAAGACAUAAUGCACAGCCAGUUCAUUCAUCCCAGAUACUGAAUCAUUUUAGUACAAAACACAUUUUUAGGCCCAAUAUCCCUGGUCUGCUCCUGGUUUAUUGUGUUUAUUUGUGUUACAGAUUGAGACUGGACGUGUGUUUGCGAUUGCUCAUAAACAAACGGAAAAGGGCAAGAAAUAUGAAAUUGUAAAUAUGUGACAUAUUGUAAUGAAAUGAUUACUAAAGCAAAUUUUAAACAGCAACAAAGUCCCUUCCCACAACUCUAAAUCUCAGGAAUGCAGAUGUCAUAAGUGCAUUAUAUUUUGACGUCACCCCACUAAAAGAAGCAUUGUAACAUUUUUAACGGUGUGACGGGGAGUUGACCUGUCAGCAAUGUGACUUGUCACUGCUUUCCUUUCUAAAUAUAGUAAGAGCUGCGGGACGUCAACUGCAGCAAAGUGCUGCAGCUCAAGUGGUAGGAGUCCACUUUUGUGUUGCUGUAAACAAUAAUAAUAAUAAUUACAACUAUUUCCAUCUGCAAGGACAGCAGCAGACGGCAAGGAGCAAGUGAAAGCAUGGAGUUUAAGGCCUUGGUGAUGGUGGAGGAUGAAGAGGAGGAUGAAGAUGUGCAGUAUGUGAUCCAGCAGAGUCUGCAGGACAUCAACCCACACACGCAGGACGCCUUCAGCAACACCAGUGCUCAGUGUGCAGACAGUGUGGCUAUUUUUGCUGCUAUAAGGCAAGCAGGCCGAGAGAAGCUGGUGGAAGAUCUGUGUGGUAGGAAGAAGAACUCUUUUCAACAGACGGACGGCAGAGGAUGGACGCCUCUCCAUGAAGCAUCGACACAGAGCAACCUAACCAUCCUGGAGCUCACUUAUGGAGUUUCAGGUGAGGAGUCGGUGGAGCGUCAGACCCGGUCUGGGGACACGGCCCUCUUACUGGCGGUGGAAGGAGGACUGCUGGACAAUGUCUCCUUCUUACUGGACCGCGGGGCUCGGCCCGACUCGCAGAACCAGAACCAGGACUCCCCGCUGAUUUUAGCGAUCCGGUCCGGGCGUGCAGACCUGGUGAAGUUGCUGCUCCAGAGGGGAGCCUCCGUCAACCAGGAGGGUCUCCACGGCCGGCGCCCGCUCCACGAGGCCUCUCGGCUGGGCAGAGCCGAGCUGGUGGCCCUGCUGUUGGAGGCCCAGGCUCUGCUGGACGCCCGCAGCCGCUUUGGCCUCACACCGCUGGCCCUGGCUGCCCAGGAGGCUCACCUGGAGGCGGCCCAGGUCCUGCUGAGGAAAGGAGCAGACGUGACGUGUCGGGCGCAGAACGAGGCCUCCAUCUUGUACGAGGCGUGUGCGAGCGGAGACGCCGCCAUCGUGGAGCUGCUGCUGGAAUACGGCGCCGACCCCAACGUGGCGAAACAGAGCGGGCACCUGCCCAUCCACCGGGCCGCUCACAGGGGACACCUGCAAGUUCUGAAGAUGCUCAUCCCAGUAACGUCUAUGGAUGACAUCAGCAACAGCGGAAUGAGUCCACUACACUGUGCAGCAGCUGGAGAACACACGCACUGCAUCAAGCUGCUGCUGGACGAGGGCUUCGACCCAAACUACAUGCUGCAUCCCUGCGUGCGUCGAGGUUACGACGACGAGAGGAAGUCGGCGCUCUUCUUCGCCGUGUCCAACAACGACCUGCCGUCAGUCCGCCUGCUGCUGGAGGCCGGCGCCAUGACCAACCAGGACCCCGUCAAAUGUCUGCAGGUGGCUCUGCGUUCGGGCAACUACGACUUGAUGAAAGUUUUGCUGCGAUACGGCGCCAACGUCAACUUCUACUCCAGGAUCAACACCACGCACUUCCCCUCGGCCCUGCAGUACGCCCUCAACGAUGAGGUGGUUCUCAGGAUGCUGUGUAGCUAUGGUUACCACGUGGAGCGCUGCUUCGACUGUCCCUAUGGCAACGGAUCCCACGUUCCGGAGGAGUACGAGGGCUGGAGUGACACGGUCAUCAAAGACACGAUGUUCUGCGAGGUGAUCACCGUGUCCUGGCUCAAGCAUCUUUCAGGUCACGUGGUCCGGGUCUUGCUGGACUAUGUAGAUCACGUGACCUUGUGCUGCAAGCUGAAGGCGGCGCUCAUGGAGCAGCAGCAAUGGAGCGACAUUUGCAGGCUGCAAGAGAACGCUCGCUGCCUGCAGCACCUGUGUCGUCUGAGGAUUCGCCGCUGCCUCGGUCGCCCUCGUCUACGGUCGCCAGUCUUCAUGAGCUUCUUGCCGUUGCCAGGGCGACUGAAGGACUACGUUCUUUACCGGGAGUACGACCUUCACGGAUGACAGGAGGUGCUGUCCACAAAGUUGGAUUUCGUUUUUUUGCCACACAGUAACGGUUUUACUUCAAAGUCAUUUAUAUUCCGUCAGCUCACCUUUUUAUGACACCUGGAAAGACUUUUAUGUUGAUAGAGAACGGGGUCAGUUGUCACAGAGGGCGCUGUCUCUGAAAUUGGGAUCAGAGCUCACCUAUAUAGUCGUCUUCGCUGAUAAGACAGUUGAGGUGAGACAACUUUUACUUCCGUGUCAAACUGUAAAUAUUCAGCUCCUCGGUGCUUUUACACUAAACAAUUGUUGCUACCUGCAAGAGAAAACUCACUCACAAAUGAUUUGCAGCACAGUCGGGAGUCAAGACAAUAUCCGCAAGCAAACAAAAAAAAAAUGCAACUUACUCGUGUUGAUGCCUCAAAAUUAAUAACGACAACAGGAGGCCAAAAACUUCUGGAAAGGUUUAAUCUCACUGUCACUGUUCUACCAAACAGUGGGGAUGGUGUCAGCUGUAGAAAAUAAAUGGAGACAACAGUGAUGAGCACAUACACGUGAGGAGGAGGAGGAACAAGAACUAGAAUGUCGGAGCGUGUGGUGGAGAACUCACUAGAAAUAGUUUCAACUGUGCAUGCAACGCUUGCAAAGGUCGUGUGAGGCCAAACAAAGACGACACACUCACCCUGCUGGACGGGGCGUGGACAACAGUACAUGUGUGCUCCAAAAAUACUGCUAAAUAUUAUUCCCCUGAAAUGUCCUAUAGAUCACUCAAUGAGCACAUAAUCUCUUUUUUUUUUACACUUUGGGAGAGGCAUGUAAAAUAUAAGACAUUUACCCACUUACGUACAGGUAAAGGUACAAUAAAAAAAUAAAUUAUCACCUCAAUAAACCAAAAAUAAACUAUU